AGCCACUGGCCCGGGACCGGGGCCGGGAGCCGGGGCGGCCGGCGGCGGGGGCGGCGCCCGGGGCUGGGAUGCGUCGGGGGCUCCGUGGCGGCGGCGUUGGCGGCGGCGUCGGCGGCUGCGUGGGGACGAGCUAGCGCCGCGGCCCGGGGAGCCAGUCGAGCCCGGCGGGCGAGCGGAGGCGGCGGCGCAGGCAGAGCGGCCGGAGCCCGAGCGCCGCGCGCCCACCAUGGCCGCCCAGGGCGAGCCCGGCUACCUGGCGGCGCAGUCGGACCCGGGCUCCAACAGCGAGCGCAGCACCGACUCGCCCGUGCCCGGCUCCGAGGACGACCUGGUGGCCGGGGCGCCCCUGCACAGCCCCGAGUGGAGCGAGGAGCGCUUCCGCGUGGACAGGAAGAAACUCGAGGCCAUGUUACAAGCUGCUGCUGAAGGCAAAGGCAAAAGUGGGGAAGACUUUUUUCAAAAGAUCAUGGAGGAAACAAAUACGCAGAUUGCUUGGCCAUCAAAACUGAAGAUUGGAGCCAAAUCCAAGAAAGAUCCCCAUAUUAAGGUUUCUGGAAAGAAAGAAGAUGUUAAGGAAGCCAAGGAAAUGAUCAUGUCUGUCUUAGACACAAAAAGCAAUCGGGUCACCUUGAAGAUGGAUGUUUCACAUACAGAACAUUCGCAUGUAAUCGGCAAAGGUGGCAACAAUAUCAAAAAAGUGAUGGAAGAAACAGGAUGCCACAUCCACUUUCCAGAUUCCAACAGGAAUAACCAAGCAGAAAAAAGCAACCAGGUAUCUAUAGCAGGACAACCAGCAGGAGUAGAAUCUGCCCGAGUUAGAAUUCGGGAGCUGCUUCCUUUGGUGCUGAUGUUUGAGCUACCAAUUGCUGGAAUUCUUCAACCAGUUCCCGAUCCUAACUCCCCCUCUAUCCAGCACAUAUCACAAACGUACAACAUUUCUGUGUCAUUUAAGCAGCGUUCUCGAAUGUAUGGUGCUACUGUGAUAGUCCGAGGGUCUCAGAAUAACACUAGUGCUGUGAAGGAAGGGACUGCCAUGCUGUUGGAACAUCUUGCUGGGAGCUUGGCAUCUGCUAUUCCCGUGAGCACACAACUGGAUAUUGCAGCUCAACAUCAUCUCUUUAUGAUGGGUCGAAAUGGAAGCAACAUCAAACAUAUCAUGCAGAGAACGGGUGCUCAGAUCCACUUUCCCGACCCCAGUAAUCCACAAAAGAAGUCCACCGUCUACCUCCAGGGCACCAUUGAGUCUGUCUGUCUUGCAAGGCAAUAUCUCAUGGGUUGUCUUCCUCUUGUGCUGAUGUUUGAUAUGAAGGAAGAAAUUGAAGUCGAUCCACAGUUCAUCGCGCAGUUGAUGGAACAGCUCGAUGUCUUCAUCAGUAUUAAACCAAAGCCAAAGCAACCAAGCAAGUCUGUGAUUGUGAAAAGUGUGGAGCGAAAUGCCUUAAAUAUGUAUGAAGCAAGGAAAUGUCUCCUCGGACUUGAAAGCAGCGGGGUUACCAUGGCAACCAGUCCAUCCCCAGCAUCGUGCCCUGCUGGCCUGGCAUGUCCCAGCCUGGAUAUCUUAGCUUCAGCAGGCCUCGGACUCACUGGACUAGGUCUUUUGGGGCCCACCACCUUAUCUCUCAACACUUCAACAACCCCAAACUCACUCUUGAAUGCUCUAAAUAGCUCGGUCAGUCCUUUGCAAAGCCCAAGUUCUGGCACCCCCAGCCCCACAUUGUGGGCACCCCCACUUGCCAAUACUUCAAGUGCCACAGGUUUUUCUGCUAUACCACACCUUAUGAUUCCAUCUACUGCUCAAGCUACAUUAACCAAUAUUUUGUUGUCUGGAGUGCCCACUUAUGGGCACACAGCUCCAUCUCCCCCUCCUGGCUUGACUCCUGUUGAUGUCCAUAUCAACAGUAUGCAGACAGAAGGCAAAAAAAUCUCUGCUGCUUUAAAUGGACACACACAGUCUCCGAAUAUAAAAUAUGGUGCAAUAUCCACUUCGUCACUUGGAGAAAAAGUGCUGAGUGCGAAUCAUGGUGAUCCAUCCAGACAGACAACGGGCUCUGAGCAGGCAUCUCCGAAACCCAGCCCUGCGGAAGGUUGUAAUGAUGCUUUCGUUGAAGUAGGCAUGCCUCGAAGUCCUUCCCAUUCUGGGAAUGCUGGUGACUUGAAACAGAUGAUGGGUCCCUCCAAAGUUCCUUGUGCCAAAAGGCAGACGGUAGAACUAUUGCAGGGCACGAAAAACUCACACUUACACAGCACUGACAGGUUGCUCUCAGAUCCUGAACUGAGCACUACAGAAAGUCCUUUGGCUGACAAGAAGGCUCCGGGGAGCGAGCGAGCUGCUGAGAGGGCUGCAGCCGCCCAGCAAAACUCUGAAAGAGCCCGCCUCGCCUCACGGCCAUAUGUCAACAUGCAGGCAUUUGACUAUGAACAAAAGAAGCUGUUAGCAACCAAAGCUAUGUUAAAGAAACCAGUGGUGACGGAGGUCAGAACACCCACGAAUACCUGGAGUGGCCUUGGGUUUUCUAAAUCCAUGCCAGCUGAAACUAUCAAGGAGCUGAGAAGAGCCAAUCAUGUGUCCUAUAAGCCCACAAUGACAACCACUUUCGAGGGCUCAUCAAUGUCCCUCUCGAGGUCCAACAGUCGUGAGCACUUGGGAAGUGGAAGCGAAUCUGAUAACUGGAGAGACCGAAAUGGAAUAGGACCUGCAAGUCAUAGUGAAUUUGCAGCUUCUAUUGGCAGCCCCAAGCGUAAACAAAACAAAUCAACGGAACACUAUCUCAGCAGCAGCAAUUACAUGGACUGCAUUUCCUCGCUCACGGGAAGCAACGGCUGUAACCUGAACAGCUCUUUCAAAGGCUCUGACCUCCCCGAGCUCUUCAGCAAGCUGGGCCUGGGCAAAUACACAGACGUCUUCCAGCAACAAGAGAUCGAUCUUCAGACAUUCCUCACUCUCACAGACCAGGAUCUGAAGGAGCUGGGAAUUACGACUUUUGGUGCCAGGAGGAAAAUGCUGCUUGCAAUCUCAGAACUAAAUAAAAACCGAAGAAAGCUUUUUGAACCGCCAAAUGCACGCACCUCUUUCCUGGAAGGCGGAGCGAGUGGGAGGCUGCCCCGUCAGUAUCACUCAGACAUUGCUAGUGUCAGUGGCCGCUGGUAGCAGUGCCCUCCAGGCACACGCCCGCCAACUCUGUCAAGUUGGACACACAGGAGGUCUGUGAAGAGCCUUCACUGCACACCGUCCUCAGCACUGUGGGCGUCUGGUAUUAGGACCAAAGCAUCGUAUUCGCACCUGAACUUUGUGCCAAAAAGGAAGAUAAGAGAGAAGAUGUUCUUAUGUCAUCAUACAGAAUGCCACAUGUGGAUUACUUUUUUUUUUAAUUGGACAGAAUUUGCAAUAUGAGGAUAGGGCUUUAUUUCCUGUUUUUAUUUACCUAUAUAACAUAUGCACUGAUUUUUUACUUAAAAUGAAGGAUGAAUUGACAUCUGGGAUGCCAGAAGACACAGAAGUUAUUUUGUUUGCUUGUUUUGUUUUGGUAUUUGGGGAUUUUUAAAAAAAUAAUCAAAGUAGGAUUUUCUGGUACGGCUUUAAAAUAAUUAUUGAGGUCUUUCAGCACUUUACACUUUCUAAUUUCUUGUCCUGUGGAAAUUAUCUCUCUUUCAUUUUCAUGUCACCUGACGUAUUGGUACAAAUCAGAUUUAGUCACGUUUUUCUGACUGUUAAGAUUUUAUUUGAAAUGGUACUGGGUGAUUAGUUUUUGUGCAGAAUAAUCUGUGACUUUGGGAAAUGUAAGUGACUUCACUUGGUUCAGGACCAGUUCUGUUCAUUUAUGUCAGCGUCCUAGAAACACUUAGCAAUGUAACAGGUGCAAAGGAAGACCAAAUGGACUUUGCCAUGUUAACCCUUUGCAGUCAUCAUAUUUAGCUGCUGCCUGUAUUGCUAAAAUGAUUUUAUGGUUGUCUGAAGGCAAAGGGCUAUUUUUAGUAUACUGCCACUAAAGGACACUUAUUUAUAUCAAACUUUUAUUUUUAGAUAUUAUAAGCAUACAGUACAUACCUGAUUAAAUUGAUAUCUACUAGAGAUUUAUGGUAGAGAAUGGAUGGCAUUCAAUAACUGGAGCCCUAGAUUGUCACUUUAUUUAAAAAAGACAAAUAAUCAUCUGACAAGACAGCACUGUUGCCAUUAGGAGGAGAAAUAGAUUACUGUCCUUAUGUACACGUUAGCUGUGCUCCAUAUGGUCACAGGACUUUCCUAAAACCAUAUCUGUCUGCUUGAAGUAGACUUGUGUUUGUUGAGAAUGGAAAGGCUUUAUUUAAGUCUCCAAGGUGACAGUUUAUAAAAGCUGAGUUCUGAAGGAGAAAAAAAAAGACUAAGUGGCUAGACUUGUUGUUACAACGUUAUACUGUGAAAGUCCAAGAAAUCAGGCAACAUUGUUUCCUAGGUCUUUUCAGACAUCUUAUUCUGGAUU